CGCCGCCGCUCUUUGCAACUCCCCCUCGUUUCCCCCCCCCCAUCCCAGGUCGGCGCCAUGGCUGCCCUGGCGCUGCGGCGGGGCGCGAUCGGCGGCAGGAGGGCACUCGGCACCGCGGCAGGUAAGAGAUACCUUCUUUCUGCGGCCUAUGUGGACAGCUCAAAGUGGGAAAGUAGACGGAAAGAGGAGCAUAGCCUGGCUGACUUGGCCCACCUAAUGGACAGAACCUAUGACAGAAAGCUGCCUGUCAGCUCUUUGACGAUAGCUCGGUUUAUUGACAACAUUACUUCGCGAGAGGAAGUGGAUCAAGCGGAAUAUUACCUUUACAAGUUUCGACAUAGUCCAAACUGCUGGUACUUGAGAGACUGGACCAUCCACAGCUGGAUCAGACAGUGCUUAAAGUAUGGUGCACAAGACAAAGCCUUAUACACAUUAAAAAACAAAGUUCAGUAUGGAAUUUUUCCAGAUAAUUUUACAUUUAAUAUUUUAAUGGAUUGUUUUAUAAAGCAGAAGAAAUAUGAAGAUGCUAUGUCAGUAGUAACAGAGAUCAUGCUGCAAGAAAGUUUUGAUGAAUUCUCAACACAGCUUCUUUCUCUCUAUGUCUUAUACCAGUACCUGGCAACUAAGUCUGAAUAUACGUGGGAAGAGAAGAGAAAUCUUGGAGCAUCGCUAGUGCUUACGGGUCUGAAGCAGACAAACACUGUGGGUUUUAGCUCCCAGCUGUAUGGCUAUGCAUUCCUUGGGAAGGUGGAGCUGAAUAAAGGGCUAAGAGCUGUAUACAAUCUAAUGCCACUGAUGUGGACACCUGGAUACUUGAAUAGAGCCUUGCAAGUGAUGGAGAAUGUAGCAUCGUUGUCAGGGGACAGCAAAAUCUGCAAAGAAGCUAUUGAUGCUCUGGAGACCAUUUUGCAGUCUGUCAUUGACGCAAAACCUGGUCCAGAAUCAGACGAAGUAGUCAAGGAAUCAGCGCAGAAGUCACAGUGUGCAGAAUCAGAAGAAACAGAGCAAUCUAAAGCACCUGAGUACUACAGCCGAUUCAAGGAGCUGUACUCUAAGCUGCAUUCGCUUGGCAAGGUUGAAUCUGAAAGUCUGUUAACCCUGACCACCCAACUUGUCAAGGAAAAGCUGCCAGCGUGUGAAGUGGAAGACAUUGCAAAACAUGAGCAGAAGCUAAAGGAGUGGGAGCAAGAACAAGCCACUCUCAUUGAGAGAGAAAAAGAGAUGAGAGAAAAGGCUAAGCAGGAAAUGGAGGCUAGGAAGCUAGCUAAAGCAUCUGCUUAGCACUGGAACUCAAAGACUACCAUAGUGGUCUGUCAGGGAACUGAAGUGCUCACCUUUAUUAAUAUUUCACUUCAAUCCUGUUGCAAGUAUAACUGUCUGUGACUGCUAGAUGUAAAUUAAAUUUUUCCCAUUUUGCCUGUUUCGUAAAGAAAAGCACAUGGUUUAGAAAUCAUCGUCUUGUAUGUGGUAUAUUUUCCUCCUGACAUCAUCCAGGCAGAGGGUGGUAUGGAAACAACACAAAGAAACAAAGCCAUAAGAAGUAGCUUGCCUGUGAUGAAAGAUGUAGAGUGUGGAAGAAACAAAAGAAGAGGGAAGAAUUUCAAACACAAGUUGUUUCGGUAGGGGUUUCUCACAGGAAAGAAUGCCUUGGCUAUUCUGAACUUGAGACGCUAAGAGGAUUAGCGUAUAUUGAUUGCUUUUUUCCCCCCCCAACUCAUUUGGAAAAUUCAGGCUGCUACACAUGGAGCUGGUAGCCUAACUUUAGGCUUCUUUUAAAUUAAAGAGUUUCAGCCUAUAGAGUUAGCACUUGAACAGGUUUUCAGAUGUGCCUUCCCUGUAGGGAAGUUAGAAAUUCUGACUUUACUAGGGCAGCUCUGCUCCACUUUUAAGGUCUGUAGAGAAAUAUGCACAAUCAGCUCUGCAAAUACUAAGGAGGCUUAUACUGCAGUGCAGUUUUCUUUUAUAUUCUGAGUGCUGUUUCGUGAGGUUUUUGUCCUAAAUCCCUUCUUUCUUCAGUUGUGUACACAGUCCCAUGCCCAUUCUUCAGACUGCUAAAAUAAUGUAGCUAUUCACACAAGCACGGGGAAACAGCAAAGGAGGAAAGAAUCACACUACAUCGGUCGUGAGAUGCAUCAGCAUCCAUCCCUGCUUAGGUUUCCCUGUUACCACAGAUUGUCAUCAGCUGCAGCCAGUGACUUGGCAGCAAGUACCUUGAAAACAGGGAGACCCUAGCAACAGCCUGCUGUAUUGCAGCAUGUUAUGGCAAUGACAUAUGCACCUGUCUUGCCUUACAGCGAUAAAACCAGCAUAACAAACUCGCUGUAAAUCCAGCGAACAUGCUGCAAAUCUGUGAAGUGGACUUGUUUUAAGUUUAGGAAAGUAUCUUCUCUGCAUCCACCAAAUACCUCUCUUAACCCCACCAAAUGCACUCGGAGCCUGAUUGCGCUUUCACAUUCAGGAACAUGGCAAUAACACCCUUUACCCCAUCUUGUCAGUAAAUCCCAUUCUGGAGUAAGAGUGUGCUUUUUCCAGGUAAGUGGAUGAUUUUGUGGAUUGGCCUAACUAAACAACAGUGGAUUUUCCUGGGAACCUUUCUCUCAAGUCUCCUGAAAAUUUUUCCUCUUUUUUUGUCUAAAUGCUUUCUGAUUACUAGGAGUAAAAAGUUAGGGAGCCUUGAGGGAGAGUAGGAGGCCAAGCACACUGUAAAGAACAAUUUUCUGAAAAAAUGGCCCAAUGGUGGUCUUCACUCCUAGUUCAGCCACAGGAGACCAAAGUGUCCCUUCUGCACACGUAUUUCUGUUUUUCAGUAUCAGAACAUGGGUUGUACCUCCAAAGAUUCACAAUUACUGCUGCAUCCUGAUUCCUUUCUCAGCUUCUUUCCACAGGCACGGCCUCUCCCUCCUGGGAUAUCUACACCACUGCAGUCUUAAAGAUGCUUCUUGCUGACGCAUGGCUUCUAGCCGCUGCAGCUGCUGAUCCUGUUGCUUACAAGACACUGUUUGGCUAGGCCACAAUGGGCACAGCCACAUUUUUCCUUGUUUCUUGUUAGCAUCUGUUUCUUGGCAGCACAAGGAGCCUGUUUCUGGCCCCUCCUCCACCCUACAUCACCCUGCUUGGUAGAUGCGUCAGGCUGCUAAUGCUAAUUGGGCUCCAGCAAGCUGCCAGCUGCUGUGUGCCCUGCUCUCUCACAGAGCAUGCUUCCCCCCCUCCUCCCUGCUGCUAACCCUCUGUUCCAUUUAUUUAGACUUAACUAUUAGAGCAAUAGAAAAAAAAAUCCUCUGAGCUCUGAGUAAACUGUUGAUGAAUAUUGCAGGUUGCCUCCCUGUUUUACUCCAGACUCUGCAGGUUUGAACACUCUGAGCCCAGGCCAAAGCCUAAACUCAAACAGUGCAGAUACAACCUUUCUCUGCCUUCAUUCUAAUCUCCUCCCACACCCUGCUGUGACCUUAGGAGGUGCGUGGGGGAGUCCCUGCAAAAUGCUUCACAGGGAGCAAAGGAGAUUCCUGGGGCCAGAUGAAGGACAUCAAAUCCAAGGCCUGAAGUGGAGUGUCCAGACCUGUGGCUUAAGGAGCCAAGAGUUUGACAAGCCCUUUCUUUUAUCUGUUCCCUCAGUAUCAGGCUGAGUGAGAAGCCACUUCUGACACUUCCACUAGCUGCAAACCACAGCCCAUCUUCUGACCCCCUCAUGCCCCAGCCAAGUAUUUAUCCAUGUUCUAGUAGCCUCCAUCUUGCAUCUCUCCAUGCUGUGUCUCAGUGCUGACUCACUAAAUAGAGCCCACCUUCUGCAAAAACAGUGUUUCCUCACCUAGCAAAUCGUCACACUUCCCACAAGCCUACAUACACCCUCUUCAGUUCUUCAGAAAUCCUCAUUGCCGCUUUUCCUUUGACCUCAAACCUUUGAUCCCCUUCAAGUUCUUCCCAAAUGUCAUCUCAUGUUUAUUUCUUCCCCUUUUCAAGGGAGACCAACCCUGUCUCUUUGCCCUGCACCCCUAUCUCAGCAGCACGCCCCUGCAUCAGCAGACAGCAGCCCAGGGCACCCAGUGCUCAAGAAGCUUGAGUUUUGAGGCCCCUGGACAGAGCUGACUCUCAAGAGGUUUGAAACAUGAAUUAGCUGCUUGAGGGAGUAGAGGAAGGUACUCUCCUCUUUAGUGCUCUCUCCUCCCUGCUAGCCUUGAAGGUCAACAGAUCAUCUGAGACCAGUGCUGUUCAGGCAUGUGCUUGGCUUCCCAAGGGGGACAUGGACAGUAGCCGUGCACAACAAAUGCAGCACCAUGAAAAAUCGACAGAAUAUUAACUAACUCAGCUUGACUUACCUGCUUUUCUCCUGGGAAGGUAAGGUAAGCUUGGCUGUUUGCCCCCUUGCAUAAAUUACCUUGCACACACAACCUGUUUUUCAGCUGCUUUCUGGAGUACUCUUAAAAAGAAAUCUGAAAAACACUUGUAGCAACACCUAGGAGUGAAACUGGACCCCAGGUAGUCAAAAGCUGUUCUGUCUACUCUACCGCAUUGCUGUGCGCACUGCUGUGAUAGCCAUCACCCACUGUGAUGCAGCUGAAUGCAUUUAAACGGAGGCUGAUAAACCACACAGCAGAUUUUGUUCCACUGCUGCUUAAACCUUUUGUUUCAUUGCUGCUAAUGGAAGAAUAUGGAUAUGUAUAUAUAUGCAUAAUAAAAAAAACCCCAAACUUCUCUACGAACAAAAAAAAAGUUGCUGAUUUCAUCCAGUCCUUGUCAGUGUAUUUCUAAAUCACAGGGAUGCAUCCUUCUUCAUGGAAGUCUUGAUAAUUUGCCUACUCUGAAGGGAGAGGAAAAUCUCCCUGUUCUAGAAGCAUUACAUUUACAUGCAGUCACUGGGCUGUGCAUGCAAACAACGUGACUGGUAGCCUUAAUCAUAUGUGCCUGCACUAGUGCAUAUGGUACAGCACUGCCAGCCUUGCAAUGCUAGGCAGUGUUAACAGCCCUGCCAUGUUUCCCUAGAUGUGGGAGAGAGCCCUUCUUGCAACAAUGCUAGCCAAAAGAAACAGAAACCAGUAUAAAUGCAAGGCCUGUUGGCUUGAAAUUGGCUGCUGAUAGGAAACAAACCAGCACUUUAAAGGUUAAAGCUCUUUGCUCUAGUUCAAAAAGCAACUUCCCAAUUCAAAGUCAUGUCAGUCACUAAAUACGCUGCUUAUUAGAUAAGUCAAUAUUUAACUCUUCCUCCCACAAGUGUCAUUGGCAGAACACUUCUAGUGAAGUGCUGAAGGUCAUUAUCCAUUAUUCACAAGAGGAAAAUUUAUAUGUUUAUUCCUAUGUAGCUCAAAUAAAAGUUGCCUGAAGGCUUGCACAGAUGGGCCAUAUUUGUGGUAACCAACCCUGCCAAGAUAAGGUUACUAGGUGUUCCUGGACCCGGUCAGAUGCUGUGUUUCACUCAUAGUGCUGGUAUCGAGCCCACUACAGGGCUUGAAGGCACCUGCUCCUUCCCCCCAUGACCUGUCCUAGCUGCCCGCCUGCUGUCCCCAGGACUCCUUGGUCACUCUAAAACUCUUAAGACCAGGAUGACAACCUACCCCAGGUGCAGAUGAAGGCUGGCUGAUAAGAAGCAGCUUCUGACCUGAGCAGCGAUCACUGUUCUGCUGAGACAGAAAGAAGACAGCCUGAGACAGAGCUUAGCAAGUGUCCUCUCUUAUCCCACCUCUUCAGAAAGCUGAGAGUCAUAGUUAAAAAUGAGAAUUUCACCCUUGACUUUAAGGGAGGCAAGAUGUCCACUAAUUGCUUCUGAUUCUGCAAGUUGGUGCUGUUUUUGCUGGGGCUGUUUAUGUAGAAACUACAACUGAAUGCUGCAAAACAGAUUUCUGGUGAGUGUUUGAGCAUGUCUGUGGAAAGUAAACUUAAAAUUACCUUCUCAGAAAUUUAAUGAUAGCAAGCGUUGAGAUGAGGACAAGGCCCUUCAACUGAAGAAGAGAAACUACUACUGAUACAGGCAACAAACAACCUGAAUUUGGGACAGUGACUCCUUCACAUUAAAAUUGUGGAAAAUGAAGUAGAGGUGAAGAAUUAAUGACAAAACAUUAAUUCAAGAGUAAGCUAAGAUACUAAAUGUGAUUGAUGUUAAAAAACUGUACCAUCUACUCUAGGUCAGUAUCCCUGGAGAAAUAUGCAUAUCUUUCAGUAAUCACAACAUUGUUACAGAACUCAGCUAGCAAUGCAUGGUGCUAACUCUGUUGCUGAUCUUAAAUCUUUCUCAUAAACUCAAGUCCACUCAACCCAUUCUAAAUUGUAGAUGCUCUACGCACAGACAUAGCAUUACAGCUCCAUUGACAAGCACAUUAGAUUAUCAGGACAAAAUUCAGCUUUUAGUAUGUUUUAUUUAUUGCAAAUCCUGUCAACUUCUCCCUUAAAUGAAUUGGAAAAGAAACUUUCAAGCUUGUUCUGGUCCUUGCACGUGGUAACUGCUGCUAUAGUUACAUCUUUGGAAACUGUAAACUCUUCCUGGAAUACUGAUUUACACUCUAUGGGGAUUAUAUUAAGUGGCUCUGUGGUUCAGUUUACCUUCAACUCUUUAAGCAAAGGAAGUGACACAACUGGCCUGAGAUAACAUGAGGUUUGUAAAAGCUCAAUCCAAAUUAAUUUCUGGACCUAAACAGGUAUACAGGGUGCAACCUUGGUGUAUAUAGAUUAUGUAUAUUUGGCUUUGUUUGUAUUGAUGUAAGUUCAAUCUAUUUCAUUUAUCUUCUCACUGUAAUUCACAAGCAUGGGCAACAGACUAAGCUGCAGUAUGAUGUGUAAAUCAUGGCAUAUACAAUUGUUUUGGCAGUGAAGCUGGCAGCAGAUGCACAAUCACCCUCCACCCCUGCCUUGCCAGCUAUUCACAUGGGAGCUUGUUGAUGCUGGAGUUGCUGAAUUGCAGAUAAGCAGCUACAUCAAAUGGUAAGGAUCCGUGAGAACCAGUGAACAGAGCACAUGCAGACUAUGGUGCCUGCUAAUUUAGUUCUUUAGUUUUCCCCAGUAUUUCAUUUCUGGUGGAAAUGAUGUUAAGCGUGGAGUCAAACCCCAGCAAAUUCUCUUAUAAGCUGAGGACAUUCAGCAUCACUCAGCCUCUGGUGCUUUUGGUCUGAAUCUGAAGAGAGUAGACACAGCAAAAUAGAGGACAAUGCCCUGGGGUCUUCCUGCUAGAGUGGAUUGGCCCUGUCUGUGGGAAAUUAAAGCAGGUAUCACAGCAGUAGGCAGUGGUUAAAAAACUGUUCACUGAGUGAAGGUUGCAUGCAAUGCAUAUGCAGCAGAUGUACUGUGUUCCUCCUAGAGGCACCCUCUAGGAAGUCAAGGAACUUUGCUGCAGUGCUGGGAAUGAGCUGGAUCUAUGAGAUGUCACCAUGGCUAUUAUUCAAGAGACCGCUGGACAUCUCUUUUUAGCCCAUCCUAGGAUGAAAAUCUAGUUUCUUCUCAACUACGGAACAGUCUCCAGAUCUAGAAUGCCACAAGACGGAUCCCCCAUUUUAGAUGGAUCAAAAAGCUCCGAGGACUAUAAUUUUCCCAUGCUAUCUGAAAUACUUCAUAAAGUGAUUGGUUGAAUUUAUUAAUUAACUAGUGGAAAUCAAAUUUCUUCUCCUCAGCAGCUGUUGAAGAAAGGAGCUUUCAGUUGCCAUCUGGAAGCAGCAAGCCAAACGCUACAGACCAGGCUGGCCUGCUACUAUCUGCAGGUCCCAGGGGUGUUCCCAACCUGUGCAAAUCCAGAACUUUACUUUGCAACUGAAUAAUUCGGUCUGAAGCCUCACCUGGUGUGCUUUGCACAAUCAUUUUAAUGUAUUUUAAGUAGCAUCAGGCUACUCUAGAACAUCAGCCUAAAAAACCUUGAUUGAGACAUGCAGGAUUGUACCUGGGAUAGAAGUUGACUGUCCUCAUCUGGUCUUCAUUUCUCUCUACUUUGCCACACUCAGUCCAAAUACAGUAUUUCUUACUAAUAUCAUUAGCAGUUAUAAAUGAAACGUUAGGUGUUGAAGAUAGAUAAUGGCCUACAAGAAAGACUGCUGUCUGCGGGUGAAGGAAAUCCUACAGGGUCACUGGUUGUCCUGGGAGUCAGUGUUCCUUGCUUCCUGCUGCCCCAGCUUUUACCUGCUUUCACAUCAGCUCCCUGAUUUAAAAAACCUAAGUGCUGACUGCUGCAUCUCACCGUGUCAGGUAACACAGCAGCAGGCAAAAGUACCAAGGCAGAACGCCUGAUCUUACAGCACCCCUUUAACAGCAGUAGAAGAAAAGUCUGAUGUUUAUAAAAGUAAAAAACUAAGCUGAGAGCUCAGCUUCCCCAAAUGCUCCAUCCCCUCACACCAGGAUUACUGGGCAGUGGCAGUCGGGAAAGGCCCACGUCCAUUAGAGACAAGCUGAGUACUCUUGUUGAACAGCAGCAAAUUUGGAAAAGACCUUUUCCAAACUAGGCUCAGUUUGAUCUAAGUUUAUUGGGUAUCAUCUCUGACACAGCCCCUUGAAUGUGUACUUAGUGAAAACGAACUCUUUUCUCAUGCUGCUGAGGGAUACAGAAAUGAGAACAAAAGGAAGCUGUAUCAUGGUACCUCACGGUAAUGUUUUAAAAGUUAAAGAGUUAAAAGUAAUCUUGUGCAUUUAUUUUCAAACUUCUAAACAGAGAUAGGUUCUUAUCUCGCAUUUAAAUAGUCAUUGGUCUUUUGAGAGAAAACCCAUGUAGGAGGUAAUAAUGACUGAAAACAAGGGAAAACUUAAAAGAUACAUGCACAAAACCAAGAAACAUGUCAACACCACUUUACCACUUUUGUAUUUUAUUGUGGAACUGAGUUUGUUUCCUUUACAUCAAAUAUCCUCAAUGGAAGAGGGGAUAUUGCACACAAAUAUCAUAAAAGCACUACAUAUUACUUUCACUGGAAACUAAUUUUCUACAUUAGAUAUGACUGGAUAGAAUAGAAGUGAUGCAGGAUUAUAAGACAUAAUACCAUACACAGCUGCAGACUGACACAAACACCAUUCAGAACAAGAGAGAGGAGGUGUGUGAGGUGCUUCUCAGCCAGCAACAAGACUGUUUCUUUCCAUAGUUUGGAAGAUAAUGGCUGCAUGCAAAUGCGUGAAAGCACAUUUCGAAUUUCCCCUUUUACAGUUGUGAUUACAGCCCAGUCUUGAAGAAGUAGCUUCUGCCAUCUGAGCUCGUUGCUAAUCUAGUUUGGAGAAGCUGCUUCUUAAAUGGUUCUUUUUUUUUUUUUUCUAUCUAUAUUUUUAUGUCAUUGUUUUAUUUAGUUACUUUUUUUAAAUUUUUUUUGUAAAGUCACAACAAACUGACUUUUUUUUUAAAUUUUAAAUAGCAAACCAUUUUAAACCAGGUGAAUAAUAUAAUUGCAUUCUAAGAAGUGCUUUCCCCUAGUUGCUUUUAGUGUUUUGUUCAAUUAUUAAGUGAAAAGAUGAAAGCUUACAGUUUCUGUCAAGUGUAAACAUUACACUUUUCCCUUUUCUGAUAAAUCCAGACCAACCAAAUUACUAUUUCUUUCAAAACAUCAUUACUGAGCAAGAACCUCUGGCGACAGAUGAACAAAGAGAAGCAUAGACAGAAAUGUCCCAAAGGCACAGGAAGUGCUCUUUGGAGCUGAAUUGCUUACGGUGGGAGGGAUUGAAAAUUCAAAUAACAAAUUGAUUAAAUCUUAGUAAAUGAGUACUGGGACUCACCUAAAAUGUAUAAGCUAUCAUAGACAAUUAAAAAAAAUUCAUAUACACAGUUAUCUCCAUUCACCACAGUAUGUAAAGUAAGUUAAAAAAAAUUAAAAGUGAUUUCUGUGAAAGAUGGGGUGAAAAUAGAAGUCAAUGAAGUCAGACCCACCACAGGACUUUGAAAAGGCAUGCAAGAGAGGCCCUGUCCAAGUUCAGGAGUAGGGUGGGAUCCCCAACAAUAAUUCUUCAUUGACUUAUAUGAAGUAGUAUAGUAAUAGCAUAAAGAUCAUGGCUGGAGAUGCUUUUAUGGGUAAUACCAUCAUUUAAAUGGAGUGUCCUUCACACUCAGAUAUUGAAUUUUAUAAUCAGAGUAAUCAAUAACAAACCAUGCUCCUAGAAAUCUAUGCUGAUCAACAGCACUCAUCGUUAAUGUACAUGGUACAUUUUGAUGACUGUUAGACUAAACUAAUUGUGUAGCACUAGGACUAGCACAGUUAGAUUAGUUCCACAGGCAGGAAAGACAUUAAGGGCAAGAGGAGCUAAUGGAGGAGUUAGUCGUUGUGUUGCACCCAGGCGCUGUUGCCAUUUGAAAAGGAAUGGAUGGAACAGGCAUUAAAAUACCUCAGAAUAGCGAGAUGAGGGGUUUAAUAUUCUUGUAGAAGAAAAGCAAAUGUACACUUUAAGAUCAGCUGUAACUGUCUAAUUAUUAUUAUUAUUUUAAAAGUAAAACUAAUGCUUGAGCCAUCACGAACUUGCUUGGGGAGACUUAAGGCUUGAUUCCAAUUUCAUUUACAGUAGGACCAAAUGACUGUAACUUCCCUGACAGUAGAGAAAUUGCUCCUGAUUCACAGGAAUAAGUGGUCUAAGUGAUAUUAGUCUCAGGACCACUGCUGUAGUUAAAACAGAUUUUCUGCCAAAGCAGAGAUAGAAACCUUUUCAGAUAUUGUGAGAAAAUCAGAAAAUCUGUUCCCACCCACUCAAAAAGUUUGAAAUCUGAUCUAUAUAAGAAAGUAGACAAAGCAGAAAGAAUUGUAGAAGUAGUACAACUAUUCUGCCAAACAUUUGCCUGUAACUUUGUAGACUAUGUAUUACAAAAGCAAUUUUAAUUGAAUGAUUAUGAGCCCAGCAAACAUGCUUGUUUUCACAACACAUUUCCAUCUGCCUUUUGUGCCAUAGUCAUUCUGAGUUAUUCUAAAUGACUUAAAAGGUACAGCAAUAAAUAAAACAGCAUUGCUAAAGAUACCUAAAAAAAGAGGAGACAAAAAAAGUAAAUCACGACCCCUUACAACUGAUAAACAGUAAUUCACAGCAUUAAAUGGGCCUCAGGAGCCCACAUUUAAAGGACACUAAAGCAGUAUUUAAAAAACCCUCAUAAAAAUUAGGUGUGCAAACAUAUACCUACUAAACAAAAACAUCCCAACAAUGUAAAAUCGAAAUAAAUUAUAAGUAAAGAAAAUAAAAUGAGGUCAUAGUUCAUUACAUUGUGAAACCUAAAUACCAGUCAUAAUGGUGAAUCAUAAAGACCAGCACGUAUCUCCAUUCUGUGGAGGCUAUUACACCUUCUUUAAAUUCAGAUUUACAAACCUCUACAAAGUAAGAAGGUAUUUUUUAAUCGGGGUAGAAAUUAUGAGACUAAAAAAAUCCUAACCAUCUUAAAUCACAGAACAGUGAUGCUGUUCCUACACAAGCAGUCUAGGGAAGGAAAGAAAGGGGGAGAGGAAGGAGGAAAGGAAGAGUAAAGGAAGAGAGAAGAAAAAGGAAGAUUAAAGGAAGAAGAAAGGAAGAGGAAGAGUAAAAGAAUAGGAAAUCAGAGGAGUAAACAGGAUAAAGGGGAAGGGGAGGCUUAUUUAACUUAUUGCUUAUUCUAUCUUUUUUCAAGAUCUUGUGAAGGUUGAGAAUGUAUUUACACCCUUGUAAAUAUCAGGUAAUCAGCUUUUGAAAUCUCAUUUCCUGUCAUCAUCAGUAGAUAAAUUUUACUAUCAGGGUGCCCUUCUAUCCCUCUACCCAGCAAAAUGUAUUGGCAGUUGACUGUUUUCAAUAAAUUUUACCUCAAUACCCACUCUCACUAGAACAUUAUUCAUUUAUCUUACAAAACUACUAAAAAACUGCCUUCACCUGAAAAAUUUUUCUUUGCAUUUUCCUGUAAAUGAAAAUGUUUGUUAAAAAUUCAUCUAUUAAAAGUUCACGCAGCUCUAAAAAAAA